AUGAGGAACAAUACCAUGUACUACGCGGUAGUAGCACUGGUGAUCCUACUGGGAGGAGGAUCGCUCGCGAAUGCGGCCAACCAGAAGGAGGUGCUGAGGGCCUUCCUCAAAUCGAGGGCCCAGACGAGCGCGAACGGGCCCGCGGAGCCGGACGCGUGGGCCGACCCGAUCAGCAGCUUCCACCACCUUCCCACCAAGUGCGAGACCCCGCCGGCAGGCAACAGGGAGGCCGACAGGAUCGCGGCGCUGCCCGGCCAGCCCCCGCGCGUCAACUUCGGCCAGUACUCCGGCUACGUCACCGUGAGCGAGGAGUACGGCCGCGCGCUCUUCUACUACUUCGUCGAGGCCCCCUACGAGGCCUCCUCCAAGCCGCUCGUGCUCUGGCUCAACGGCGGGCCCGGGUGCUCGUCGCUCGGCUCCGGCGCCAUGGCGGAGCUCGGCCCGUUCCGUGUGAACCCUGAUGGGAAGACCCUGAGCAGAAACAGGCAUGCCUGGAACAAUUUGGCGAAUGUGAUCUUCCUGGAGUCGCCGGCGGGCGUCGGGUUCUCCUAUUCGAACGCAUCGAUACCGAGCGGCGACACGAGGACAGCGGUGGACGCCUACAUGUUCCUGCUCCACUGGCUGGAGAGGUUCCCCGAGUACAAGGGCCGCGACUUCUACAUCUCCGGGGAGAGCUACGCCGGACACUACGUCCCCCAGCUCGCCACCGUCAUCGUCGCCCUCCGCGAACUCGGUGCCACGGACAUGAACCUCAAGGGCAUCUUCGUCGGCAAUCCGCUCCUCGAUAAGUCCAAUAACUCAUAUGGAAAGUUAGAGUUCCUGUGGAGCCACGGGGUGAUCUCCGACGAGGUGUGGGCCAGCGUCAACGCGCCGUGCAACAACGGGUGCGACGACUCGUUCGAUGAGGGCGACAUCGAUACGUACAACAUUUACGCCCCGGUCUGCAUCCAGUCGCCAGACGGGGGUAUCCACCCCAGCAGCUACUUACCAGGCUAUGAUCCGUGCAUCGAUGCCUAUAUCGACGCCUACCUCAACAAUCCUGAGGUGCAGAAGGCUAUGCAUGCUAGAACCAACACCGAUUGGUCAGAGUGCUCAGAGUCGUUAAACGGCUGGACCGAUUCCCCAGUUUCCAUGAUGCCAACCAUCGGUUGGCUUGUCGACAACGGAUUAAGAGUCUGGAUCUACAGUGGCGACAUGGAUGAUGAGUGCCCGAUUACCGCGACGAGGUACGCUGUCAGGGAUCUCAAUCUGACCAUCACAAAGCCGUGGCGUCCAUGGUACACCCCUGACAACGAGGUUGGAGGCUACGCUCAGCAAUACGAGGGUGGGUUCACGUUUGCGUCGGUGCGAGGAGCUGGCCAUUUCGUCCCUAGCUUCCAGCCCAAGAGAUCACUUGUUCUUUUAUACUCCUUCAUGAAAGGAGUUCUGCCACCUGGUGCUCUGCCACCUGGGGUCUCAGAAUGGAGCGGGGCCUAA